GGGGCCAAAAAUAUAGCUUAUGAAAAGUUGAAGUUUCAGUUGAUUUUGUGCAUUGCUGCUCUCAAAAUGUUUCUAGUGCUGGGUCUUAUUCUGGCUAGCGCCCUAUUUGUGGGUCUGCUCAUCUAUCAGUUGAAAUUCAAGCACCUUAUAGACGUGACUCGAGAUUUGGGUAGCCCACCGACUUUGCCAGUAGUAGGUCAUGGUUACCAUUUUGUUGGUAAGGCACCUCAUGAGCUAGUCCUUAUGCUUAGAAGCUUCAUGGACAUCUAUUCCAAGGAUCAGACGCUCAAAGUUUGGCUGGGACCAGAGCUCAACCUACUCAUGGGCAAUCCCAAAGAUGUGGAAGUGGUCCUUGGCACACUUCGUUUUAAUGACAAGGCCGGCGAGUACAAGGCCCUCGAGCCUUGGCUCAAGGAGGGUUUGCUCAUUAGCCGUGGGCGCAAGUGGCAUAAACGCCGCAAGAUCAUUACGCCCGCCUUCCAUUUUAAAAUUCUUUAUCAGUUCGUCAAUGUUUUUGAGCGUGAGUCGCGUACGCUGCUCCAGAAUUUGGAGAGGGAACGCCGACAGCAGGGCCAAACUGGUUUCAAUCUAUACGAUUGGAUUAAUCUCUGCACUAUGGACACUAUUUGUGAAACCGCUAUGGGUGUCUCAAUCAAUGCUCAGACGAACGUUGACUCAGAUUAUGUCCGUGCAGUGAAGACCAUUUCGAUGGUGCUGCACAAGCGCAUGUUCAACAUCUUCUAUCGCUUCGAUCUGACCUACAUGUUAACUCCUCUGGCUAGGGCCGAGCGUCAAGCUUUGAAUGUGCUGCACAACUUUACGGAAAAGAUCAUCGUGCAGCGUCGCGAGGAGCUGCUACGUGGAGGAGUCCAACAGACUACGGACGGAGCAGAAGUGGGCGCCAAGCGUAAAAUGGCCUUUCUGGACAUAUUGCUGCAGUCGAACAUCGACGACAAGCCUUUGACCAACAUGGACAUACGUGAGGAGGUGGAUACCUUUAUGUUUGAGGGCCAUGACACCACAUCCUCUGCCAUUACGUUCUUCUUCUAUAACAUUGCGUUGUAUCCGGAAUGCCAACGCAAAUGCAUCGAGGAGAUUGUAUCGGUGUUGGGCAACGACAGAGAGACGCCUGUUACCUACGAUCUGCUCAACAAACUCCAUUAUGUGGACCUGUGCAUCAAGGAGACGUUGCGUAUGUACCCAUCGGUUCCACUGCUAGGCCGCAAGGUGCUCCAGGAAUGCGAAAUAAAUGGCAAGAUCAUUCCCGCCGGCACAAACAUAGGCAUUUCUCCAUUGUUUUUAGGCCGACGAGAGGAUCUGUUCAGUGAACCAAAUACGUUUAAGCCAGAACGUUUCGAUGUGGUUACGAGCGCUGAGAAGCUCAAUCCUUAUGCCUACAUUCCUUUCUCGGCUGGACCGCGCAACUGCAUUGGCCAGAAGUUUGCCAUACUCGAGAUCAAAGCGAUUGCGGCGAAUGUUUUGCGACAUUAUGAAAUUGAAUUUGUUGGCAAUGCAGAGGAGCCACCAGUGCUUAUUGCUGAAUUAAUUCUUCGCACCAAGGAUCCACUCAUGUUUAAGCUCAAGGAGCGUGUCAUCUAAUGGUGCAUUUUCAGUGAUUUCCGUUAUGUUUCCAAUUGAGAUGUGUGUAUUCAAUAAAUACCUUAAAACUAUCGAAAAUCAAUACUAAAAAAUAUCGUUACAAAAAGUGAGAUGGGGACUGUAUUAAAAAGAAUGCAGAAAAUAAUUAAAAUAUGCCAAGAAUUAGUCGCA